AUGUCGCAAGGUGCUGGCUUCCCGGUGGUGGAAACUUUGGUCGACUUGACCCAAGAAACGUACAGAUCGAAUCGAGAAGCAUGGAAACCUGUACUGCAAGAGUAUGCCGACAACCUGAAGAGAACGACGUCUGAAGGCAGUCCGCAAUCGCUCAACAGGCACGAAGCUCGGGGACAACUGUUAGCGCGGGACCGGAUAUCAUUGUUGCUGGACGCGGAUUCGUCGUUUCUGGAAUUGGGCACAUUUGCAGGCUUUGGUCUGGAAGAUUCAAGCCCCUGCGCGAGUCUCUUAGCAGGCAUUGGAAGCAUAAGUGGCCGGACAUGCCUCGUAAUUGCCCAUAUCGCAACCCAGAGUGGAGGAGCCUGGAACGAGUUCACGCUCAAGAAACAAAACAGAGUGACCGAGAUCGCGAAUGAGAAUGACUUGCCUCUUGUUGCCCUGGUGCAAUCAGCAGGCGUCUUUCUGCCGCAGCAGUUUCGUGUCUUUCACCAAGCCGGUCAGAUAUUCCGCGACCUGGCUGUUCGGACCCAAAACGAUCAAGCUUCGUGUGCAAUCGUGUUUGGAUCAUCCACUGCUGGCGGCGCGUAUCACCCAGGAUUGUCCGACUACACCAUCUUCGUUGAGAACCAAGCGCAGGUGUUUUUGGGAGGUCCUCCACUGGUCAAGAUGGCGACGGGCGAGGUAAUCGAUGCUGAAGAGCUGGGUGGCGCGAGAGUCCACGGAACUGUCACUGGUCUAGCCGACCAGAUCGCUUUUGACGAGUUUGAUGCUAUUCGCAAGGCUCGUGAAUGGGUCAGCAGUUUGAAACCACAAGAGCGACCACUGUCGUCUAUUCGCCUUCCAUUGGCACCACGGUAUCCCAUCUCGGACAUCUUCUCGAUAGUGAAUCCAGAUAUUCGAAAGCCGUUCAACAUGAAAGAGGUGGUGCUACGCUUGGUGGAUGACUCAAGACUAGCCAUCUUCAAACCGGAGUAUGGCCCUAAUCUGUUGACCGGCUGGGCGCAUAUUAUGGGAAUACCACUUGCCAUCAUCGCCAAUCAAACACCAAUUAUUAAUCCAGAUGAAGCAUCGAAAGGAGCACAGUUUAUCCGCAUGUGCAACCAACAAGACAUUCCCAUCGUCUUCCUGCACAAUGUCACUGGCUUUAUGGUUGGAUCCAAGGCAGAACAUGCCGCCAUCAUCAAGAAAGGAGCUCAAUUUGUGUCUGCUGUCAGUUGCUCCAAGGUACCUCAUAUCUCCGUGAUUCUCGGCGCGUCAUACGGAGCUGGGAAUUAUGCCAUGUGUGGAAGGUCUUACCGGCCACGAUUUCUCUUUACAUGGCCCACCGGGCGAUGCAGCGUCAUGGGCGCAGAGCAAUUGUCUGGGGUGAUGGCCCAGGUCGAGGCAAAUAGUGCCAAAAACAAAGGCGUGGUGCUUAAGCCUGACGAGGUCGAGGCCAGGAUACAGCGUUUGCGGAAGGAAGUCGACAGAGACAGUAGCUGCUAUCGGACGUCUGGGACUGUGCUGGACGAUGGAAUUAUCGAUCCUCUCGACACCCGCGACGUCCUUGGGAUAUGCUUGGAGAUUGUGCAAAGGCCGCAGAUACAGGGCAGCGCUGGCCAUCGCGCAUUGGCGAGGAUAUAG